UAGCUUUAGUGCGUUACCGGCGUUCAUCAUAGAAGCAGUGGUGGUGGUGAUAAAAGUGACGUUUACCUGUUAAUUGUUUACUAGUUAUUCAUUUUAGCUAAUCACAGUAUUUGAAUACUUGUAAUUCCUUGCUUAAGCAAUUUUUAAAGAAAGUACGUGAAUCUUAUUACAACAAGCAUGGAAUUUCCAAACCUCGAUCAGAGUAGGCCUACACCUCCUGUCAAAGAUACAACACCUAACCCGACCAAUGAUUUGAAAAGAGAGCAUGAGUCUGUUGAUGAUUUUGAACAUUUGGAAAUAUCUCCAUCCAAAGAGAAGUCUAACUCUUUUAUCUCUGAUCCUCCGUUGAAUUUAGACACUGAUAAGGAACCCCUACCUUCUGAAGUCUGCUUUCGACCCAACUUUUUGGAUCAGUCUAAUAAUUCUAACAUAUUUUCUCAGCCUGAAGAUUCCUCCAAAGAUUUUAUUUCCGGAAUAACUGAAAAAAGCAUGUUCUCUUCAAAGACGGAACCCCUUGAUGAUUUUCUAAAAGGCUCAACUUUUGAUAAUCCUUCAUCAUCAUCUUCCGUAGGUUUUGAAGUUUCUAAAUUUUUGGAAGCUGAGACGAGUGAAUUUAAAAAACCCGAGGCAAGUGAUAGUAACUUUUCUAAAUUCUCUGACGAUAUUUCUAACAUUUCUGGAUUUAAAGAUGGUUCAAAGAAGGAUAUCCCAUCAGAUCUGGAUGAUUUUAUGCAUAAUGAAGCAAUUGAUGAUUUAUCAAAUCAGUCAUUUUAUAAUGCAAAACAAAGUGAUCAGUCUAUUGAUGAAUUUCCAAAUAUGUCACCAGCAAAGAGUGUAACCCCUGAACCACCUGCAAAGAGUGUGACCCCUAAAUCACCUGCAAGGAGUGUGACCCCUGAAUCACCUGCAAAGAGUGUGACCCCUGAACCUCCCACAAAGAGUGUGACUCCUGAGCCUCCUGCAAAUUUUGAUCAUAUUGUAAAAGAAGAGCCCAAAGACGAUCGGUUCGAUUUACUAAGUGAAAAGCACAAUGCAUCUCAGCCUAAACCAGAAGUCUCAUCUAUACCUAUCACUCAAUCAAAACCAGAUUCAAUCGUUAAAGAUGUUCCAGCCUCCAAUAUCUCAAUUAAUGUUUUCAAGGAGCUUCCCCCUCACUCCACCCAAUUCCAAAAAGAGAAGGAAAAUACUCCAGUCAUAGCUCCAGAGAGUCAUAUUAUUAAAAAGCCUUCAAGGAAUGAAUCUGAUGACAACGAAAUUAUCCAAGUGGAUGAAGUAUUCAGAAGAAUUGGUCUAGCUGUGGUAUUUGACCCCUGGAGUAUGAAAAGUCCCACCAACCGUAUGUGGCGUAGAGACUCUUGGUUCAAACCAGAAACUCUGCACCCGCAAGUUGAAGCGCUAGUAUACUGGCGGGAUCCGAAGAAAUCAGGAGUAGUGUUUGGGACGAUCCUCGUAGCUCUCCUCUCACUCACAUAUUACUCAUUCAUCAGUGUAGUCGCCUACUUUUCACUCAUCAUUCUCGUUGGCACAAUCUCCUUCAAAAUAUACAAAAGUAUUCUGCAGGCAGUUCAAAAGACUUCUGAUGGACAUCCAUUCAAGGAAAUUCUGGAGAUGGAGCUGACCCUGCCACAGGAGAAGGUGCGUGAGGUGACCGAUGUGGGCGUGGCCCACCUGAACGCAGCCAUCCUGGAGCUGCGCCGCCUCUUCCUCGUCGAGGACCUCGUCGACUCGAUCAAGUUCGCCGUCCUGCUCUGGCUGCUCACUCGCGUCGGCGCCUGGUUCAACGGCAUGACACUCAUCAUCAUCGCUUUCAUCGCCCUGUUCUCCGUGCCGAAAAUUUAUGAGAAUAACAAAGCCCAGGUAGACGCGAACUUAGCCAUUGUACAGAGCAAACUCCAAGAAAUCACGACCAAGGUGAAAGCAGCUCUUCCAAUUGGAAAGAAAGAAGCUGAGAAGGAUAAAGAACAAUAGAUGAGACUGAAGUAACUAUUACCGCACAGAGCAGCGAUUCAACUGCCAGUCCUCUUCAACAAUUACCAAGUGAUGAUAAAACAGUGAUAAUAAAAAUAUAUUCUGGAAGAAGAGGAGUUGAAGAAAAAGAGCGUAUAAUAUAAUAAUGUCAAAGUGUUGCUGACAAUGAUGUAGAACUUAUCAAGUGAUCAUACCCACCAUCAUCCUCGAUCAUGGUUAUCACAAUGUUUUAUCGAAACUCCUCAUUACUCAACUCAAAAAUAUCCUUAUCGAUCCAAAUUAAUGUUUAAAAUUAAUUCGCAUCUGAAUUGAAAGUGAUAAUCUAUCUUACCUAUACAUUUUUCAUACAGCUUCAUUGUUGGUAAAAUGCUUAUUUAUAGAUUCGAACAUUGUAGAAUUGAAGUCAAAUCGACUUGCAUAAUAACAUAGUAAACCCUACUGAUGGAUUUCAGUAAAUGAGGGUUUUCGUUCUCGUAUUCUUUUCUAGUUCUAGCUGAAUUUGAUUUUUCGUUUUAUUUCAUUAAUAUCGUAUCAAACUUUUUAUAUUUGAAUUUGAUAUAUUUUCAUGCGAAAUGCAUGAAACUCGGUUCAGAACACCUAAAUAUUGCACAAAUAAAUGUUCAUUAUGUCUUGAAUAAAACUCCUUUUUUCUCGUAGUGUUUGAUUUUUUUUUUAAUUUUUUGGUGACUUAUAAAGAGUAGCUAAACUCAUAGCAACACUAACACUCUGGAAAGCGGCUUCUUGAGUCAAAUCUUGCAAAACAUCAGUCUGAAAACUAUUUCUAAUCAGCCUAUUGCUAUUUUGUCGUUUAACUCAUUACUUCCUUACAUCAACCUUGUAAGUUGGUAUGAGUCGUAGAUAGUUCGUGAAGAGAAUAAUGAGUGAUUGUUUCUUCUCAUUCUCAUGUAUUUUAUUUCUCUUUAUUCAACUAUUACACGUUAAUCUGAGGAUGAAUGAUGAUGAUGUGUAAUGAUUGUUUUGACUGAAUGGUGUACUGUCAGAAAUGUGUCCCUAGAUAUAAGAUCAAAAUCCUGCUAUGGAAUACGUAACGUAUUCACUGAUGGUCCAAUGUAUUCCAUCAAUAUUAAUCGAAAGUAUUUCUAAAAGAAAACGCGCCAACUUUGGUUGGACAUUAAUGUUUGUGUGCUUUUUCUUCUGAAUUGUUACACAUUUUAUUGUUGUAGCAUUGCAACAAGAAAUCCGACUGGAGUUCAUUUUUGUUGAAUUAUAUAUUGUGUUGGAUUUUUGUUCAUCUAGUUUGUUUCAAAUUGUGUUGCAUAUUUUUGUAAGGCUUCUUCGUGUUGGUUCAUUUUUACAGAGGGCUCUCUCUCUCUCUCUCUCUCUCUCUCUCUCUCUCUCUCUCUCUCUCUCUCUCUCUCUCUGCUGCACCCCAGCAUCACAAAUGAUCGCUCAUCAGGUGAAAUAGAAAUUCACAAAAGUCUAUCUAAAUCAUUAUUCGCCGAGAAUUUUGAAAAUUCAUAUUCAAAUUCCGUCUUCCUCAUAGCAAAAAGUUUAUUCAAAUUUGCAUCAUCCAUGAAUACUAUUGAUAUGAUAAAUUUCUGAUUAUUAAGAUCAAACCAUGAGAGCCCUAAAAUGUACAUAAUAGCGUUAAAAUAAAAGACUAUCUACUGAAAGUUUUAAAGUUAUAUAUAGAAUUAUAUAUUUACGCGCACUUUACUUGUUUGCUGUACAGAAUUGAUAUCUUGUUUAUAAGAAAUGAAACUAUAUUGAAAGUUGUAUUUUAUUUUUAUGUUUAUGGAAAUAAUUAUUAUUAUAAUUGAAAUUUCAAUAUCAGAUAUUUAUAUAGAUCUAUGAAAAACGUUCAAAUGACAAAAUUCUAGAGGAAUUACAGGUAUGCUAUAAUAUCAUAUUCAUAGAAAUAUCAAACUUGCGCUGAUGCUUGAUGUAUUGUGUAUAAUUUUCAUUGAGAGGUUAUCUUACUAUUCCUUAAAUGCUUUCAUUGUUAAUUAUUUUUGAAGGAAGGAAUUGUUUGAUUUGAACGUAGAACUGGGAAAAUAUAAAAGUCCACAUUAAUUAUUCUUUCAAUAUUAUUUGAUAUCAAGCAUUGCUCAUUGUAAUUUUUUUACACUUCAAUUGUCUUAUUUUUUAAUGUAUGGUGCAAUUGAGAUUUUGAGAAUUGUGCUUUUAUAAAAUUACGUGGAAAAUGAUAUUUAAUGGAUAAGCAACUUAUUUAUAAAUGUUAUUUCAAUACAUUACUGUAAAAGCUGGUGGUUCUUUGUAAUAGAAUAAGAUAUAGGUUUAUUUCCCUACUUGAUAGUUAACGUAUGUUCAGCUGUACAAUGGUGAUUAAAACAUUCUUCUGUGCUUUGUACACGAAAAUAAAGAUGAAUGAUAAUUGGAAAGCAAG